GACCUUGUACUUGCCUCAGAUGUAGACGAUUAUAAUGAUCGGAAAGAAGGCAAAUUAGUUUAUUAAUUUUCUCAAGAAUCAUCUGAUGUAAAGGACAGCUAUUCCUUUGAGGAGAUCAUUAAUAGUUGUCGUUAUGUGGGUGAAACCAGAGGAAGUUCUUUUGGCCAACGCGCUGUGGGUCACAGAGAGGGCAAACCCAUACUUCAUCCUACAGAAGAGGAAGGGAUAUGGCGGAGGAGGUCUCACAGGGCUACUUGUUGGGACCCUGGAUACCGUGUUGGAUAACAAGACAUAUCCGUACCGGAUUCUUCAUCAGACACCAGGAUCUGAAGUUAGUUACUCUGUUGCCGUGGCGACCAACAAGCGGGAAAUCAGCAAGGACUGGGAAUGGCUGGAACAGCAUCUAAUGCAGACGCUUAGUGCCUUUGAGAGUGACGAGGAGUCAACAGACUUUGUACGUUGCAAGAUUGAGAGCUUGCUGGCCAACAGGGUUGUGCUCAAAGAAGAUGAGGAAACUGAGAGGUUCAAAUCUGCUACCAAGAAGUUCAGGAAAUUAUUCAAUAUGCCAAAGGAAGAAAAACUUGUUAAUUACUAUUCCUGCAGCUACUGGAAGGGCAAGGUGCCGAGACAGGGCUGGAUGUAUCUGAGUGUGAAUCACCUCUGCUUCUACAGCUUCCUGAUGGGCAGAGAGGCCAAACUCAUCCUCAGGUGGACGGACAUCACGAAACUGGACCGAGGCAACAACAUGUUGUUCCCCGACAGUGUCAAGGUGUCGACCCGCGAGGCUGAUCACUUCUUCUCAAUGCUGCUUCACAGUAAUGAGUCCUACCGCCUGAUGGAGCAGCUGGCCAAUAUGGCCAUGAGACAAUUGAUGCAAGAGGGUGGAUUUGAAGAAGAUACUUCCAUUUCCACCAGAACCAAACGGAAGACCUCAAGGAAGAUGUCAUCGCUCAAAAGGGACCUUGAUGCUAGAGCUCGCAGUGAGGCUUUCAGACAAGCGCUCCGGCUGCCAGAUGGGGACAAGCUGGAUGGGGAUGAAGAGUGUACGCUGUGGACGCCCUACAACAAGCAGCACGUGUGGGGACGGGUGUACCUCAGCAACAACUACCUGUGUUUUGCUAGUCGGGUUGGUAUCCCAGUACGUGACCUUGUGACUGUUAUAAUCCCCCUCCGUGACAUCCUGGUGGUGGAGAAGGUAGAUAACUCUGUGUCUGGAAACCUGAUACAGAAAGCACUGCAUAUAACAACCAAAGGCAAGAUGAAUUUCACAUUUGCGCAGUUUGACGACAGGAACUUCAUCCUGGAGAAGAUAUCCGACUUCCUCUCGAAGCAGUCAAUAAACAGAAGCAAGAGGAGGAGUACCAGCACAUCAUCUGACGGGAAAGGAAGCAUCUCUGAGGAGCCUGCUGAGGAACAGUUUCAGCCAGCACUCAUCAGUCUGUUUUGUCGCAGAGACUCGGAUGAGUUGUCUUCCAGAGAAACAGUCAAACAACACUUGUGGGAUGUGUAUUUCUCUGAAUAUGGCAGGGGCAUGUGUUCAUACCGCACCCAUCGGACCCUGGAGCUGAUCCUGAAGGGCAUCCCAGACAAGUACCGAGGGGAGACAUGGAUGAUCUUCUCUGGCGCCCUGAAUGAGAUGAACACCAAUCCCGGCUACUAUGCAAAUAUUGUGAACCAAAGUAAAGGGAAAUCCACCAUUGCCACUGAGGAGAUUGAAAGGGACUUACACAGAUCCCUGCCAGAGCAUCCAGCCUUCCAGACUGACCUUGGCAUAGGGGCGCUGCGGAGGGUGCUGACGUCGUAUGCCUGGAGGAACCCCAACAUAGGCUACUGUCAAGCUAUGAACAUCGUGACGAGUGUGUUGCUGCUGUAUACAAGUGAGGAGGAGGCUUUCUGGCUGCUGACGGCAAUCUGUGAGAGACUCCUGCCGGACUACUACAACACUAAGGUGGUCGGGGCGCUCAUUGACCAAGGUGUGUUCGAGGAACUGAUCCGUGACUACAUCCCUAGCCUGUACCAGAAGCUGGACACCCUUGGAUUGUUGUCGAUGAUCUCCCUGUCCUGGUUCUUAACCAUCUUCCUCAGUGUGAUGCCAUUCAACUGUGCCGUCAACAUCUUGGACUGCUUCUUCUUUGAUGGCGCCAAGGUGAUAUUUCAAAUAGCUUUAACCAUCCUGGACAACAAGAGCAGCGAGCUGCUGGGCUGUGCGGAGGACGGAGAGGCCAUGACUGUCCUCUGUCAGUAUCUGGAGAACGUGACAAACAGAGAUUCCACCAUGCCACAGGUCCAACACACCUCCAACAUGUCACGCUCACAGGAUCAGUCGUCUGUUGAUGUGACAGAUUUGAUUGAUAGCAGCUACAGGAAGUUUGGCAUCAUCACCAAUCAGGACAUUGAGCGACUUCGUCUCAAGUACAGACUCAGAGUUGUACAGACAAUUGAGGACAACGUGAUGAAGAACAUUGUCCGCAGUGUGUCAUCUGAUACGCUGUUUGAAGGCAAGGAGCUGGCUGACCUCUACAUUCUCUUCAAGGAGGAAUACCUGACUUCAUGCUACUGGCGCACCAGUCAGCAGCCUGUGGACACAAGCGACAAGUACGAUCCUGCCAGACCCUACUAUGAGCAGUACAAGGUGGACUUCGACCAGUACAAGACCAUGUUCCUGUCUCUGUCACCAUGGGCAACAGGAUCACAUGCUGGAGUUGUUGCCCUUAGAUCUUUCAGGUAUCUGGACAGCAACAAAGACAACAUGGUGAACUUCAAGGAGUUUGUCCACCUGCUGGGUGUGCAGUGUAAGGGGGACUUCAACCAGCGCCUCCGGCUCAUCUACAUCCUCCACCAGCCCCCCUGCCUGCUGCCAGACGAGAAGGACGAGGAAACACCUACAUCACCUCAGUCAGACUCAACAGAGAGUGCUGUGGAGGCGACAGACUUCUUCGAUGACGAUGAUGCAGCGAAUGCACAGAAGGAGUGUGAUGGUGCUGAUGACUUGGAAUUGCCAAGUGUCGCAGCAGUGAAGGCCACUGCCCCCAGAGACAUUCCUGCCCCUUCUGCGGAGAAGGCCUGCCCCCCAGGGUCCCUGCCCCUGGGGUCAGUGGAGAGGGAAGCCUCCCUAGGGGAGAGUGUGGGAGAGGAAUCCAGUCAAGACCCCACAGAGAACUACAGCAUUGAUUCGCCUACAAGAAGCAUCAGUUCCAAGUCCAGCUUCAAGAGGUUUGAGUUGAAAAGGAUCCGCGCUGACAGCAAGGAUGACUUCAGGAGCAUACCGAGGAUGAACCAGUACCAGUUCAUUCAGAUGUGGAAGACCCUGUAUGACAUGUUCAACGAACACGAGGAGGAACAACAGCUCUAUCAUGCAAUUGCCACCAUCGGCACAUUACUUCUUCAGAUUGGGGAGGUUGGGAAACGAUUCAUGCGGAAAAGUGAAUCUGGAGACAGCAGCCUAUUCACUGAAUCUGACCUUCCUCUGUCCUCUAGCAUCGACAGUCAGAGUGACAUGUCCAUUAGCCCAAGUCAGAGGACACUUGAGAGCAGUUCGCCGUUUGAAAGUCAUGUAAAUACACCAACAAAUUCAUCCAAUCCUCCUGCAGAUAAAGACAAUUUGACCAAAAAGACAUUAGCAGAAGGGGAUAAUGUUGCAAGUGUUAAAGAUCCUAACAGUAAUGUCACUGAUGAGCAGAACAGUGUCACCAAGGGAGACAAUGCAGACAAAUCCAAGGGAGAUAAUUCUGAUGUAAAGGGAGACAAUUCUGUCAAGUCUAAGGGAGGUAAUUCUCAGAAGGAACUGAAGACUGAGGACAGUUUGAAGGAGAAUGUAUCUGAAGAAGAAAAUGGCAACUCAAGUCAAAAAUCAGGCAACAGUGUUGAUGCUUCUCGGGAAAGUCGAAGCAGCGUCGCCUCUGAGGGUCAACAGUCGUAUGAAGAGUCUUCCCAAAACUCAAGCAAACCAGAUUCAGAAUGGUCGAUCUCCUUUGAACAAUUUCUUGCAUCCAUGCUAACUGAACCUGUACUAGUAAAGUAUUUUGAAAAGCAAUACAACGUAUGCGAUUCUGUCUCCAAAAUGAGAAACAGAAGAUUACAAACUCAGACGAGUACGUUUAGUCAGGCAACAGCUCAGUCAAACUCUUAAUAUCUGUGAUCAUAAUAGCUCUGUGUCUUCUAGAGUGUAUUUUCAAAUUUGUUAGCUCAGAUGUAGAAAAUGUUGAUGAAACGCAGAAUUAAAUAGUCAUAAUGCAUUAUGAUGUUGGAUAUUUGGGGUUAUGAUUAGUUUUGGGGCUAUAGUGUUUGCAACAUUGGAACACCUCCAUGUAACUGCCUUAGGAGUCUCGUCAGAAUGGAAGCUGAAAAUAUACUCCUUUUAUUUUGACACUUUAAAGAAGUAGACGAAAUAGUCCCAGAUCAUGCAAUAGCCUUCAUUUUAUUAUAUCACUGUGAAAAUAAUUCAGUUGAAAUAAGCAUUUGUACAAGUUGAAUGCACACAACCUCCCAUAUGUUAAUGAAAUCACUUCUGUCAAAGACCACAAUUAUUGAAGUUAUAUUAUCUCUUAAAAUGUUGUUGGGUCAUAAAUUGUAUUGAGAUUUGUUUAUAUAUCAACCAAAAUAUGUUUAGGUGAAAAGAUUUUUAAUGAAAGACAUCUGUUUGUGUUAGUAUUUGCUUGAGAACAUGUUAUUUGUUGUAUAUGCUAUAGACUACUGUAUUAUUUCACAAUGUUAAAAUCGGAUCCUUCCUUCGACUUUGAUACUUUCUGCAUCAUGAUCUGACCUUUGAGGUCAUGCCAGGUGAACCUGAAUGACCUUUGUUGGCCAAUCAAACUAGGAGAUGUAUUUGGAGACAGUUAUCAUGUAGUAUGUGGUCUAACACAAUUCAGUUUCAUUUUGGUGAUGGAUGUGAUGAUUGGUUUGGGGAUAUGUAAUGAUAGUCACACAGAAUCCUUAAUGGUCCUGAACGAUGUGUUAGAGACAAUAGGGUUAAAACUACCUACACCAAAUCUUGUUCUUCAUUUGGAACUGCCUGUUUAUGAUUAAUUCCAAGAUGCAGCAGUCAGAUAUGCUUCUGAGAAUGUUUUGCUCCAAGAAGUUCUGUUUUGAUUGGCUGAUGACAAAGUUCACCUGAUGCAAUGCCUAUCGAGGGUUUGUCUUGAUGAAGUAUUCAGGGAGACCGAGACGUCCGAUUUGAAGGAGAUUUGAGAAGUUGUAUAUGUAACUAUUUUGACCAGUUUGUUGGUUAAUGGUUUCAACCUGGAUAAUGUAUGUAUGUAUGUGACCACAGUGUGGGCAUUCAUCAUUCUAUUCAUUGUUGACGAUAUUACUUUCACUUUAUUCAUUGGUUUUGUGGGUUUCUCAUUAUGCAUAUUAAUUGAAACAUCACUUUUUGGUGAAAAUAUAGCUUCUUAAGAAAAUAUGAAACAAAAACGAAGUCAUUAUGUGAAUUCAAUCACAAACACACUGUGGCUGUGUUUUCUAAUCCUGCAACCUUGAAAAGAUUAACAUGGAGUAUUCUGAAUGACAGUCAUUGGCUGAACAACAAAUUCCACAAAACACAUUGUAUGUCUUUUGUUUCAAACAUUGAAAUGAAGGAGAGAAAGUGCCCAUUGGAAAGACUGCCAGACAAUCUCAGCCAUCUACAGACUAUAAGUUUUCAAGUUUUAAAUUAAUAUAUUUCAAAUCGUAGUCUGGGAUUGAAGUUGCUUGGCUAAUGGCUACAUCUUGUUAGUAACAUUUUGAUCAGUCGAAGUUCAACAAGGUUGUUCCGGGACCUAUAUUGGGAUGUCCUCAGAUCUCAGUGAAGCGGCAAUGAGCACUGAAAACGGAUUUUCAUGAGAUAGUUUUUUCAUAGUUAUGACAUGGAACUUCAUUCUAGAAGGUACAUGUAUACAAUUUGUUGUUAAAACACUAUUAUGACAACACAAGGUUGAUGUGGGUCAAAGUUUGUUGAAAUAUGAAGAUUAAAUAUUAUUUUUGCUUCAGAUAAUGUUACUCUAUUUUCUAUGCCAAAUGACUGCAUGUUAGUGCUUCCAGGAUUUGUAUGCAUGUGUAGAUGUCAGAAAACUGAAGGAUUUCUCGAGAUAGUGCCCAGCUGCCAUGGUAACAGCCAAUCUAUGCCUUGUUAAAUAAUGAUUUUUGCGACAAUACAGACAAAGACAUAAUCAUGAAUGUGUGUUAAUGUCUGUAGAAGUUUUUUCUUCAAUCUUUUAUGCCCUUAUUUCCCUCAAUCAUAUUAAUUGCUGACAGUUUAGAUGUAUAAUUUUACAGUGUCAUGAUGUAGUGUCUUCAUACAAUUUGUCUUGAUGCAGUGUCUGAUACAAUGUGUCAUGAUGCAUUGUCUUGAUACAAUCUGUCAUCAUGCAGUGUUUUAUAUGAUGUGUCACAGUGCUGUGUCUGAUACAAUAUGUCACAAUUCAAUGUGUCCUGAUGCAAUGUUGAAACAAUGUGUCCUGAUGCAGUGUCUUGAUACAAUGUGUCCUGAUGCUGUGUCUGAUACAAUGUGUCACAAUGCAGUGUCUGAUACAAUGUGUCACAAUGCAGUGUCUGAUACAAUGUGUCACAAUUCAGUGUCUUGAUACAAUGUUUCACAAUGCAGUGUCUGAUACAAUGUGUCUUGAUUCAGUGUGUCACAAUGCUGCCUCUUGAUACAGUGUGUCAAAUGCAGUAUCUGAUACAGUGUGUCACAAUGCAGUAUCUUGAUACAAUGUGUCACAAUGCAGUAUCUUGAUACAGUGUGUCACAAUGCAGUAUCUUGUUACAGUUUAUCACAAAUCCAAGAGAAUAUGAGUUUUCAUCACAUGGAUUGGCAUUGAGUAAUACAUUGGCAUUGAGUAAUAGAUCUUACAAGAAACUUGACUUAGCAAACUCUCAGUGUAAUGGCACACAUCCAUGGGAACGUGCAAUCAAACUUAUUGUUAGAUUUUGUUGUCUUUCAUACUUUCAAAUAAUGAAUUGUGCAUUAACCAUGAUGGUUAAAUAUUAGUGUUAUUUUUACUUCAUAUCUUUUCAUUAAAUAACAUACAAACUUGAUUAGAUUUGAUUUGAAUGAAUCAUUUAUUUACCAAUAGUUCUUCCAUUUCAUUAUUUGCUGAUAUUUAUACAUGUGACUGAUGUGAUCUGUUUUUCAAUUAAUAGAUUAUUCUCAUAUCAUUAUUUCAUGAUACUUGACUUAAGAUAGGAAUACUGGGCUAGUGAUGCCUUUCUGCUUAAAAUUUAUGUCAUAUAUACUAGAGUGAGAGAGUUUGGUUGUACGCCGCUUUUAUCAAUAUUCCAGCAACAUCACGGCGGGGAACACCAGAAAUAGGCAUCACACAUUGUUCAUACAUACUAGAACUUAUUGACAACCAUACCUUUGUACAAUGGUAUUCCUAUCAAUGGUUUAGUACAUGUUAACAAAAAAUGGAUUAGAAUCUUGAGGGUAUUGGUGUAGAGCUGAAUACACAAUCUGAUAAACAUAUCUCAAAGUAUUUAUGUUCCCGAACUUUAUUGUUUAGUUCAUAAAAGAUUCUCAAGUACUAUUUCCACAAUAAACACAACUGCCUCCAA